CCCCCGCCUCCCCGCACCCCCCGCGUCAAUCGCCGGGCCGCGCUGUGAGCUUCCAUAUUGUUGGAUUGCUGGGCGGCGACAUAGUCCAUGUCUGGAGGCCAAGAAGGCGGCGAGGACUCAGAUCACAUCAUGGACCUAGGCGAAGAUCAGAAUUCCUUUAAAACCAAAAGAUCAAGAGCCACAAAUUGGCCCUCAGUAAUGUCAAAGUUUCUACUUAAUUGGUACCUUGAGAAAAAGAAGGCGAUGCCACCUAAGACCAAAUUCAAGAAGAUACACCACCAUUAUUGCCAAGCUGCACUAAAUGCUAGAUUUGAGUCUGCUUACACUGUUGAUCAGGUCCAUCGCCAUUUAAGGCGUUUCAAGGAGGUCUGGAACAUUGUGGCGCGUUAUAUGAACGAGAAAGGGAGCAGGUUUGACAAGAAAAACAAAAUGUUAAUACUACCUUCUGCAACCAUGGCUGCUCUACCUUUAGCAGAACGUGCUAUUCUCGUUAAACCCAUUCCAUUCUUCGACCAUUUGCAAGCUCUCUUCAGCGAUUGCCCAGUUGAUGAUGCCUCGAUGACAGACCUACUUACAGAUGCUGACUUAAAUGAUGAUCAGUUGGAAACCCAGGAUCCGUUGAACAUGAUGGUUGUUCAUGCAGACACAGGGGACCCACACAAGGCAGGUUUGGACAAAGUUGUUUUGGGGGGUGAAGAUGAGUGUCAUGAGGUUGCAGUUAUUAGCGCCGUCGGUACAGUACCAUGCGAAGUUAUGUCAGGCACUAGUGCACCAUCUUCUGAACCAUCAGGAUCGGCUGAGAGCACAAUAGCUGCUCUCAAACCCAGUUUGAAGCAGUGCAAGAUAGUCAGCAAAGCAAAAGCAAAUCCAAAGCCACAGGCUGUUGCACUACACGAUAGCAGGAAACCAGAUCCCUUCAACAGGGACUUAAUUCGGAUCCAUGACAGACUCGCUAAACCAACACGGACAGCACCAACACUGUCAGACCCAAAUGCUCCUCUGUGGAAUAUGCUAAAGGAAAUUCCGUUGACACCUGCUGAUAGGCUGUCAGUUGGGAUUUAUCUUUGUAAGCCAGAGUCGGAAGUGCAUCGAAGUUUUUUCAUGAGUAUGGGCAAGGAGUACCUGGAGGCAUGGGCCCACAAGUUCUUGACUGGAGGGGAGCCUGGAACCUUAUAGCUUGAUUGCUUAAUCGCGGUUCACUGCUUCAAAGUCAGCCCAUGCUCCGUUGAUGAGUUGUUGUUCAGACUUCAGAGGGCCUUGUUUGUGGUGCACCUCUUGUGCUAUCAGCAUUGGUAAAUAUUAAUUAGUUUUUUGCAGGAUUUUUUUAAUUAGUUAGGUAUCAUGUAACUUGCCUUAACACCUUACCCAAUAGUCCAGUGAAAUUUGUGUCGUAGUUUGUGGUCUGAUGUCCCAAGAUUACAAACGUCAACUGAAAAUUAUGGUAUGUCA